ACUUUCUAUAAACCCAUCUCUAAUCUCAUCUUAACAACUAAUUAAACCACAUGAAUACUAAAUUAAUGGCCUUUUCUUUUUCUUCUUCUUCAAAUGUGGUGCUUAUUCUGCCUGUUUUAAUCAUAGCCUCCCUGGUUUUUGCUUCUGCUAGUAAAAUCUACAAUGAUAUUGAUAUUACAUGGGGAGAUGGUAGGGGUCAGAUACUUAACAAUGGUGAGCUUCUUACUCUUAGUCUUGACAGAACUUCUGGUUCUGGAUUUCAAUCAAAGAAUGAGUAUUUGUUCGGAAAGAUUGAUAUGGAGAUUAAGCUUAUACCUGGUAACUCUGCUGGAACUGUCACUGCCUAUUUUUUAUGCUCACAAGGGUCUGCAUGGGAUGAAAUAGAUUUUGAGUUCUUGGGAAAUUUGAGUGGUGACCCUUACAUUCUCCACACCAAUGUGUUCACCCAAGGCAAAGGAAACAGAGAGCAACAAUUCUAUUUAUGGUUUGAUCCUACUGCUGAUUUCCACACCUAUACCAUUCUUUGGAACCCCCAUCGCGUCCUUUUUGCUGUUGAUAACAUUCCCAUUAGAGAAUUCAAGAACUUGGAGGCUAUGGGUGUUCCAUUUCCAAAGAAUCAACAGAUGAGAAUUUACUCAAGUCUAUGGAAUGCAGAUGAUUGGGCCACAAGAGGUGGUCUUAUAAAAAUAGAUUGGAGUCAAGCUCCAUUCACUGCUUCUUAUAGAAAUUUCAAAGCAAAUGCUUGUGUUUGGUCUAAUGGGGUAUCUUCUUGUGAUACAAAUUCUUCACCUUUUCGCUUGAAAACUAAUUAUUGGUUCUCACAACAGCUUGAUACAAUAAGUCAAGAAAGACUUUUAUGGGUGCAAAAGAAUUAUAUGAUAUACAACUAUUGUGAUGAUGUCAAGAGAUUUCCUCAAGGCUUGCCUCCUGAAUGCUACUUGUCUAAUUAGGCCAAAGUGACUAGGGACUAUUUUUUAUUAAACAUUAUUCUUUUAUUCUUUUUUAACUAUUAGAUUUUUUUUUAUUUAUUCAUUUGCUUUGAUGCAGUAGAAAUUGAUAUUUGUAGCCAAUAAUAUUAUUUCACAUUUCUCUCA